AUGGCGAGUUCAGACUCGGUAUAUAUCGAUGAGGACGUCUACUCACGAGAGUCCACAGAUCCCGGCGGCAUUGUCCAGGCGACGGGACGAGAGCGGAUUUUUGUAUGGCAUUCCUUCCUCGAUCUUGUGUUGAGAGCCGACGUUCCCAUCAUUACUCCAUCGGAAUUCGAGGAUGCGGGCGUAUGUCGAAUCCUGGGACGAGGCGCUACCAUGGUCGUCUCGGAGCGUGUCUUGAAGGCAUCGCAGUCUAGAGUAGGUGGCCGAGGUCAGAAGCAGCCAAAAGUAGUUGCCGUCAAGCAGUUGAUAGUCCGAUUCGCGGAUUCCGAAGAUUAUCUCCGCGCUCGCCCUCAACACGAGAUCGCCCUUCUUGCCAACUUCACCCUCGAGCUCCGAGCGCUCUGUCACGGUGCGCUCCGAAGCCAUGUCAACAUUGUUAGGCUUCUUGGCAUAACGUGGGCGGAAAAGGGACUGCCGGCGCUCGUCGUCGAAAGAGCAUCGGAACAUGUUCCAACCCUUCAAAGCCUUAUCGAGAAUCGGAAACUGCGCGGAGUCCAAAAGGCCGAUAUUCUCGCGGGAAUCGCCGAUGGGCUCGGUGCUAUACAUUUGCUUACCCUCGUUCAUGGUGACUUGAAGCCUUCUAAUGUUCUUAUAUUUGAGCAAGGGACGAAUGUUGUUCCAAAGCUGUCCGACUUUGCUUUCUCGCGAAGCUGGAAAGAGUCUUUGCCAAGCGGCGGGACGGAGUACUGGAACGCGCCGGAAUGCUGCGAGUUCGGCAGUCAGAAGACCAAAGACGACGGCGGCCACCCAAGCUAUCGAGACGUUUUCUCUCUGGGUCUCAUGUUCUGGUAUGUUCUCAACGAUAAAUUGCCUUUCGCCCACAUUGGUGAGGAGACAGACAACAGCAGCGAGACUCGACGCAAUAUUACCACCGCGAAAGAGUCCGGAUACCUGCUUGAGCAGCUAUCGGCGGACCGCGACAAAUACGCAGCGUUCAUGUUUGAAACUGAUAUGACCGAAGCAACUGAUGACGACGACGCGAUCUUGUCUAUCGUGGAGUGCAUGAAUCAUCUUCUUCAUCCCCAGCCGAGCCAAAGAUUGAACCGUUUCAACGCUGAUAUCCCGGGAAAGCUGCGAACACGGCGGCGGCUUCUCGAGUCUAGCGAUCUUACGUGGGAUGGAGAAAAGAUUUCCGGGGAUCUUUGGUCUAAGAAGGAUAUCGAAGACGUAAAGCUCGAGUUUGAGAAUCGGUCCAAGGUAGAGACUUCCAUCCGUUACAAUCUGUACGGAGAACUCGGUUCUGCCAGCAGGACGAGUGAGAUGCCGCGCGACCAGGAAAUGGUUUCAUCAGACGUUUCUGUCAUGAUGAAAACCUCUCACGAGGCCACACUCCAGUCAAAAGAUGCCUCAAAGGAGGAGCGGGCCGAGGCAGCCUGGUAUCUCGCUCAGCUCUCAAUACGUGACGAGCAAUCAACAAAGGGGCAAGAACUGUUGCUAGAGGCUGCAAAACUCGGUAACCAUCACGCACAGGUCAACUACCUGUACACUUGUUUUCGUAAAUCUGCCGCGGUUCUUGUCGAUGAACUAACUCACAAAGAAUGGUUGAUAGCGUCUCUAACUGGAAAAUUUGUUUUCAAAAAGUUGGAGACUUGCCCGCCAUCGCCAAUUCAGAAACGUAUCUUUCUCGGCUUCCAAGACUUUUACGCGAAAUCUGAUACGAUGAACAAGGGUCAUACCCUGAAGGAUUCCGGUACCGGAACAAAGCACGAGAUUGCCAUCCUGCACGAGGCCUUUGUCAGAGACGUCCUGGGCGGAACCUACCCGCCCCAUCAUACAAUUCUGGUCGAUGGCAAGGGCUGGGGAACCAUCGAAGGCGCCAAAGAGAGAACGUUCGAGAAGUUCCGCACGGCACAAGAGUCCUUGAGACAGGUCCCGGGACCAGAAACCCUCUGCCGAGUAGCCAUCUACGGUACAGCGGACGUGGUACGAGAUCUCGUCCAGACAUACAAACUUGACGUCAACAUGAAAGCUGUCUCCCCAUUCCACCCAGGCCAGGAAUAUGCGCUCCAGGCCGCUCUCUUACGGCACAAUUUAGAUACGUUGGAAGCUCUAGUCAACCUCGGGGCAGACGUCCUUCCUCUAUUUAGUUUGGAAACGCUUGAGGCCUUCUUGAUCGAGGGGGAUAGAGACCUCCUCCACUGGCUUAACCAUCUCAUACCGAAAAUGAGGAACAAGGAUAACGCGGCAAAGGCGAGGGCGGCAUUCAACUCGGUGUUGCUCUCGAGCCGAGCGGUACAGUGCACGGUAGUACAGUCAAACUGGAGCCUGUUCCUCGGCAUCCUGGAACUGCGUCCGCCCCUUACGGACGAAGAGCUGAAGUUAGCCCUCGAGCUGGCAGCCUGCACGAGGCGGACCGAAUUCCUACUAGCUAUGUUGAUCCUCGAUCGUGAACACAACAAUAUCUCACGAGAGACUCUCAGGCAUAUCUUAUGUCAAGCCUGCCAACCACGAGAACCAGACGUUGCUAGAAAAACAAUCUUCUCACGAUACUACUUGGGACUGCAGCCUGAGUUCAUCCAGUCGAUCAAGACGCCACAGGAUAUCGCCUAUGGAUGGCUCAUCGCCGAAAUGGUGCUACACAGCGUAGCGACCCAACCCAAGUCCAAAAUCGGAGACCUUCAGUCAUUCAUGGAAAAACCUCUCUUCCAGGCCGCCAUCUUCAACCGCAUGCCCCUUGCAAGGUGGUUCAUAUCAGACUGGGGUGCAGAUCCAGUGCGACAGAACGAGUACGGCGAAACGAUCCUUUCUCUGAUGUCUUACCGCAACAGCUUCCACGCUGUUAAAUACAUCCUGGAACUACCAGGCGCCUCCAAGAUGAUCGAGAAUAGAAGUUUCCUGGGAGAGGGGCCUAUCCACCUGGCCGCCGCUGAAGGUAAUUCGAGAAUCAUCAAGAUGCUCCUGAAUGCAGGGGCCGUGCCAACCCUCCGGAAGCUCUUAAACCAAACCGUCCUCCAUCUAUGCGCAAGCCUUGUGAACAAACGGGCAUUCUGCACGCUCGUUGAUCACAUUGAACAAUUGUCUCCAAGCACUCUCCGGGCAAUGAUGAACCACCAAGACAGAAACGGAGCCACGCCAUUACAUCUUUUCCUGCAGGGCUCAGACCCCAAACCAGGGACGACCUGCAAGCCAACCUCCUCGCAAGAUAUGAAUAUGGAAAGAAUUCUAUUCAAGAUCCUGAAAUACGUCGAUAACAUCGACACCCCGGACGAAUGGGAUCUCACCCCCUUGGACUACCUUGUGCUCUUCAACGAAGACAUGCCCAAGACGGCCACGCUCCUCUGUCGCCGCGGGGCCGACCCCCUGAGGAAAUCGUCACGCAUUAGAGCCAGUCCCGUACAGCUUGUGCGACAGGGAAGCAAGUCGGCGUCGUCCAUGGCACUCCUGGAGUUUGUAGUGUCUAACCCCGCAAUGAUGGUUGUUCUUCUGAGGCAGGCCAUGACGGACCCUGUUGUCGACUUUAACACGGUUGGCCGUGUGCUCAGGGACAGAGUUCAGAUCCUACGGCAGCGAGAUGCAAAGAUGCGUGAACAGCUCCAGGCCGAAUUUAACGCUCACCAAUAG